AUGGCGGAUGAUAACAAGUUCCUCCUUUUGUUUUUCCUCUUGAGCAGCUCAUCGUUGUGUUUUGGUUCUGAACAUGAUAUCCCGUGCCUCAAGUCUGUACAACAAUCGGUGAUUGAUACCGACGGUGUACUCGAAUCCACAUGGAACUUUGGAAGUGAAACCGACGGUUUCAUAUGCCAAUUUACUGGUGUGGAGUGCCGGCACCCCGACGAGAAUAGGGUUCUCUCUCUGCGACUUGACAACCUAGGACUUGAAGGCCCAUUUCCUCAGGGUCCUCAAUAUUGUUCAAGCAUGACGGGACUGGACCUAUCGAAUAAUAGUUUUUUAGGACCAGUCCCUACCGACAUUUCAUGGAAGCUGCAGCAGCUGACAUCUCUGGAUCUUUCGUACAAUAGCUUUUCGGGAUCAAUCCCACAGAGUAUGUCAAAUAUGAUAUAUCUGAAUCUCCUCAACCUUCAGCAUAACCAACUCAGCGGUCAAAUUCCGCCAUAG